AUGGGUGUGAUGCUUUUGACCGUGUACUUUGCUGUUACUUCUAUAUUCCAGCAUUAGCAGUGAAAAACAGAAGCACCUACUUUCUCUCUCUCUCUGCUUCUCAGUUCAAUAAAUCCUAUUUAUUUGCAGUUAAGGAUGCAGCAAAAUCAAAGGCAACAGCUCAAAAAUAGCAGAAGCCAAAUGCUUUCGUUUAGCAGAAAUGGCAGUUUUUGACCUUAAUAACAUCAAAUGAUCUACUUCUAUGAAUUCAGUCAGUCAUUCAGCAAGCAAAUCUAUUGAUUCAUAAAAUCCGCAUCCCACAUAUUCUCUCUCUCUGUCAUAGGCACACUUGCAGAAUCUCUCUCUCUCUCUCUCUCUCUCUCUCCAUCUGCCUCUCUCUCACACACAUAGGCAGACUCCUCCUUCCUCUCCUCCUCUCUCCUCCUCUCAGUUGGUCCUGUGACUCCUUGCCGGGACGGUAUAACAGAAGCCUACAGAGCGGGGACCGGUGGUGGAUGGGGAAGUGCAGUAGCCGCAACAGCAGCAGGAGUCGGGCGCAUCGUCCGAAGCAUGCUCCAGCGCAGCCAUGACUUGCUCGGCGUCAGAUAGCGAGAAGAUCGUGAUCAACUGCGGCGGGAUCCGACACGAGACCUACCGGAGCACCCUGAAGACGCUGCCGGGGACGCGCUUGUCUUGGCUGACUGAGCCCGACGCCUACAGUAACUUCGACUACGACCCCAAGUCCGACGAGUUCUUUUUCGACCGCCACCCGGCCACCUUCGCCUUCAUCCUCAACUAUUACCGCACCGGUAAGCUCCACUGCCCCAAUGAUGUAUGUGGGCCGCUCUUCGAGGAGGAGCUCGCCUUCUGGGGCAUCGACGAGACGGACGUGGAGGCGUGCUGCUGGAUGAACUACCGGCAGCACCGCGACGCCGAGGAAGCCCUGGACAGCUUCGAGACCCCAGAGCCGGAUGCACCCGAGGAUGACCCUGCACUCACCGGCGGAGCUGAUGGCGACCUGAAGCGGCUGUGCAUGCAGGAGGACGGCCGCAGGGCGACGUGGUGGGAGGUGUGGCAGCCCAAGAUGUGGGCGCUGUUCGAGGACCCCUACUCCUCCAAAUACGCUCGGUAUGUGGCAUUUGGCUCACUCUUCUUCAUCCUCCUUUCCAUCUCCACCUUCUGCCUGGAGACCCAUGAAGCCUUCAACACCAUCUACAACAAAACGGAGAAUGUCACCAUCGGCAAUGUGACGCAUGAGGAGGUAGUGUAUGAAGUGGUAACAGAUGGCUGGCUGACAUAUGUGGAGGGUGUCUGUGUCAUCUGGUUCACCAUUGAGGUGAUGCUGCGCGUCAUCUUCUGUCCUGACAAGGCAGAGUUCUUCCGCAGCGCCCUUAACAUCAUAGACUUCGUGGCCAUUGUGCCCUUUUACCUGGAGGUGGCGCUGAGUGGCCUCUCCUCCAAAACAGCCAAAGAUGUGCUGAGCUUCCUGCGUGUGGUGCGCUUUGUUCGUAUCCUGCGUAUAUUCAAGCUUACCCGCCACUUUGUUGGUUUACGGGUCCUGGGCCACACUCUGCGGGCGAGCACCAACGAGUUCCUGCUGCUCAUCAUCUUUCUGGCGCUGGGCGUCCUCAUCUUUGCUACCAUGAUCUAUUACGCUGAACGCAUUGGUGCUGACCCAGAUGAUCCAACGGCUGCAGCCCACACCAAUUUCAAGAACAUCCCCAUUGGCUUCUGGUGGGCUGUGGUGACCAUGACCACGCUGGGCUAUGGGGAUAUGUACCCUGAGACGUGGUCAGGAAUGCUGGUGGGUGCCCUCUGCGCCUUGGCUGGUGUGCUGACCAUUGCCAUGCCUGUGCCCGUCAUUGUCAACAACUUUGGCAUGUAUUAUUCCCUGGCCAUGGCCAAGCAGAAGCUCCCCAAGAAGAGGAACAAGCACAUCCCCCGUGCACCACAGCCAGGCAGCCCCAACUACUGCAAGCCAGACGCCCUGGCCAUGGCAACUGCCUCACCCCACAGGCUGAUGGGCAAUGUGCUUGGGCCAGGCAUGGUGGGAUCAGGCAGCAUGAUGGGUACCGGAGACUGCCCACUGGCGCAGGAGGAGAUCAUUGAGAUCAACAGGGCAGACUCUAAGCAGAAUGGCGACACAGCAGCCAAUGCAGCAGCCCUGGCCAAUGAGGACUGUCCCACCAUUGACCAGGUCCUUGGGGAUGAGCGGAGCCCAGCCACAGGGGGCCUCGGCUCAACCACUAGCCGUGAGCGUUACCCGCAUGACCGGGCCUGCUUCCUGCUGAGUGCUGGGGAGUUCCAGCGCACGACAGACGGGAACGUUCGGAAAGUGCUGAGUUUCUAAACCCUCCCCUCCUCACAACAAGAGGAAAACAGUAAACUUUAUAGCACUGCUCCUCCAUCUCCCCCAAUGGAAUUCACUGUAGAAAAUGGGAGGGAGACAGAGAGAAAGAGAAACAAAAGAAGAUGAGAGGGAGAAACCACCACCAUCACUGACCCUCUGACCUUAACAUUUUCAUCAUCUAUGUGACACACUGAUAUGCAACCCAGUGACGAAAAUGCUUGUGACCACAUGUAACAUUUUAAGAUGGGAGUGACAAAACAUUUCCACCUCUUUUGAACUGAUUUUCAUAGAGACCCACAGCAUGGAUGCUCCCAGCUCAGCAGCAAGAGGGCCAUAACCUAUGACAGACAUGGAUUUGAAAACCAUGCAACAAGGAUACCCUCGAUUUCCACAGCUGUCUGUGCUUUGGUUGUGUUAUUCCUUUAAUGAUCACUUUUUAUUUCAAGAAGCUGCACGCGUAACUAUUGCUUUCCAGUGAAUGUUGCAUUAUUUUGGCAUUCAAGCACUAUGCAAGGUGGUCCAGGGUGGUCCAUCAUGAUGUCGAAAGACUCCAGCAGAGUCUGAUCCAGUUUUGCCGCUGGGCUGCAGAGUCUGGGUUGUCCUGUUAAUCUCUGCUGAACUACAGGACCUCUACCAGCAGGUGGAAAUCUAUUCAUACAUAUCAGAAAACAUCAGCCAUAUCAUAUGUAUAUUUGACAUGAUUCUCUCUAUUUGAUAUCAUCUGGACCUUCCAAGACAGUUGACAUCUUGGGACUUCAAGUUCAGCUGAUCAUUUUAAACACUGAGAUCUCCAUAGACAUCAAAGAGCCAGUUUUGAUCCACUUUGAGAUGGAAUUUAACCCAAAGACAGACAUGUGGAUGGACGUACCAACUGGGGUGAACAGAAACCCUCAAAGACACAAAACUGGCCAUAACAUCUGCUAAAAAAAAAAGGAGGUGUCACUGAAAAGGAAGAUGUGAUUGACCCUCUUUCUCUCUUUCUCACUCUCUCUUUCCCUCCCGAGUAUCUUGACCACCACCCCCUUGCCUGCCCUGCCCCAUCUCAGCAUUGCUGCUGCAGCUCCUCUUUAGCAAAUUUGCAUGGCAUGAAUGAAACUAAUUAAAUCCCGAAGAAAGACAGAAAAAGACACAAUGGAUGGAUUAAAAAAGGGGGGAGAGAGAAGGGAGGGAGUCCAUGAGAAAGGGGGAGAGAGACAGUAGAUUUCUUUUUUUUUCUCUCCUAGCAAUGUCAAUGCAAAGUCAUUAUGAUCACCAUCAUCCAAGCUACUUUUUAAUCCUAAAACUGGCUGCUAAUAUGUGCAAAACAGCAUCUCCUGCAGCAAAAAGCUCUCUCAGAAGGCAUGAUGGAUAAGGAGGAGCACGCUCCUCUAUGAGAAAGAGGGAGGGGGGAAGGAGAUUCUGCAGACCAUACACUCUAUACCUCUGGGGAUGGGGCAAGAAGAUACAGGCUUUUUAAGGAAAACAGGUAUUCAGCAGCAGCGGGAGAACAUCUUUGAGAAACUAUUUUAGGGGGGAAAUGGCAAUGAUUAGAAAUGCAUUUUUAUGACAUUGUUUACCAGCAUGAAUAUUGUGCAUGACUUCUGCAAGCCAUUCUGAUCUCCCCCAUGAAUAACAGGGCUAGAAAUUGAGAAUUUAAAGUGAAAAUAUAACAAAAUGAUGUUAUUUGCAAAAAAAAAAAAGUUUUUAAAAAAGUAGGAUUAUGUUUAAAAAAGAUUUUCACAAUUUUUGUUUUAAUGAUAAAACGCAUAUAAUUAAGAAAAAAAGGGUUGCAACAUCUGCCCUAUUUUGUUUUCUUUAAGAAAUCUUAGGGGACUCCCACCCCAGCUCUCUAAAAUCCGAGAAGACUCCUCCCAACUUCUACAAGUAUUUAUUAUGCUACUGCAAGUUUGUCUACUACUACAACUUCAACUUCUCACCUGACUGCUACUCUGCUUCUUCUUCUUCCUCCUCUUCCUCUUCUCUUUCCUCUUCUUCUUGUAGCCUUUUACCAGAAUCGUUAUACAUAACUCUCUCCAAUGGCAGCUGUGUGUAUCUGCGUCACUAUCUGGACCCAGGACUAUCAAACUGUCUGAACUGAACUGUUCUGUCUGCUCUGAGAUGUCACUGAUUCCAUGUAUUUGAAUUGAAAAUGUCUUGGUCUUGUCCCUGGUCUUGACCUUGAUGUCCAAGGCAUCACCACACCUUCAAGGUUAAACAUGUAAUCUGAAGUCUGGGUCAAGAAUACAACAGGAAAAGGAACAGGUGGAGUUUUUUUUAUCCACACAGUGAUCCAGACAAGUCAGUUUCCUUCCUCAGGUGAAAAGAUACAAGAUGGCUGCCUCAUCACCCAGGGCUGUUAUACCACUACCUGAGAUUUACACUCAGUUAGCAGUUUAUUCGUUUUACCACUAAAACUAAUGUAGUCUAUUGCAACAGUCCUGCAAGAAACCCUUCCUUCA